AUGGCGUCUUUCCCAACAAUGAACAAAUCGUCAUCUGUUCCAACCCAAGUUGUUCAACCACAUUCUGAAGAAGGGGCUAUCGGCUCGGUGAUUGCGUUAUCUUUUGUAAUCUUUUUAACAAUAACUGGUAACGCCGCGAUCAUCGUUAUAUUUCGAGUUUUUAAACGAGUUCGGAAACAAGUGACGAAUCAUUUUCUUAUAAAUUUGGCUAUAAGCGAUUUAAUUGUGGCGCUCGUUACCAUGCCGUUUUGGCUCGUCUGGGAAAUUGAUCGCUGGAGGAGUGUGCUCCAAUGGAUAGAUAAAGACACUUUGGAUCGUAUAUGGACAUUUGUGGAUAUCGGUAAGUUUUACUGA